CGGCGGGGGAAGAUGCGCGGCGUGGGCUGGCAGACGCUGUCCCUGUCGCUGGGGUUAGUGCUGGCCAUCGUGAACAGGGUGGCGCCGCAGGCCUGCCCAGCGCAGUGCUCCUGCUCCGGGAGCACAGUGGACUGUCACGGGCUGGCGCUGCGCAGUGUGCCCAGGAAUAUCCCCCGCAACACGGAGAGACUGGAUUUGAAUGGAAAUAACAUCACACGGAUUACUAAGACAGAUUUUGCUGGUCUUCGACACCUAAGAGUUCUUCAGCUUAUGGAGAAUAAGAUUAGCACCAUUGAAAGAGGAGCAUUCCAGGAUCUAAAAGAACUGGAGAGACUGCGUUUAAACAGAAAUCACCUUCAGCUGUUUCCUGAGUUGCUGUUUCUUGGGACUUCGAAGCUCUACAGGCUUGACCUCAGUGAAAACCAAAUUCAGGCAAUUCCAAGGAAAGCUUUCCGUGGGGCAGUUGAUAUUAAAAAUCUGCAGCUGGAUUACAACCAGAUCAGCUGUAUUGAAGAUGGGGCGUUUAGGGCUCUCCGGGACCUGGAGGUGCUCACUCUCAACAAUAACAACAUUACUAGACUUUCUGUGGCAAGUUUCAACCAUAUGCCUAAACUUAGGACUUUUCGGCUGCACUCGAACAACCUGUACUGUGACUGCCACCUGGCCUGGCUCUCGGACUGGCUGCGCCAGAGGCCUCGGGUGGGCCUCUACACGCAGUGCAUGGGGCCCGCGCACCUGAGGGGCCAUAAUGUCGCGGAGGUGCAGAAGCGGGAGUUUGUCUGCAGUGGUCACCAGUCAUUUACGGCACCUUCUUGCAGUGUCUUGCACUGUCCAGCUGCUUGUACCUGUAGCAACAACAUCGUAGACUGCCGUGGGAAAGGUCUCACCGAGAUCCCCACGAAUCUACCAGAGACCAUCACAGAAAUACGUUUGGAACAGAACUCAAUCAAGGUCAUCCCUCCAGGAGCUUUCUCGCCAUAUAAAAAGCUUAGAAGAAUCGACCUGAGCAAUAAUCAGAUCUCUGAGCUGGCACCAGAUGCCUUCCAGGGACUGCGCUCUCUGAAUUCACUUGUCCUCUACGGAAAUAAAAUCACAGAACUCCCAAAAAGUUUAUUUGAAGGACUGUUUUCUUUACAGCUACUAUUAUUGAAUGCCAACAAGAUACACUGCCUUCGGGUAGAUGCUUUUCAGGAUCUGCACAACCUGAACCUUCUCUCCUUGUACGACAACAAGCUUCAGACCGUUGCCAAGGGCACCUUUUCUCCUCUCCGGGCCAUUCAGACCAUGCAUUUGGCCCAGAACCCCUUUAUUUGUGACUGCCAUCUCAAGUGGCUGGCGGAUUAUCUUCAUACCAACCCAAUCGAGACCAGCGGUGCCCGCUGCACCAGCCCCCGGCGUCUGGCAAACAAAAGAAUCGGACAGAUCAAAAGCAAGAAAUUCCGUUGUUCAGCUAAAGAACAGUAUUUCAUUCCAGGUACAGAAGAUUAUCGAUCAAAAUUAAGUGGCGACUGCUUUGCCGACCUGGCUUGCCCUGAAAAGUGCCGCUGUGAAGGGACCACCGUCGAUUGCUCCAAUCAAAAGCUCACCAAAAUCCCAGACCACAUUCCCCAGUACACUGCAGAGCUGCGCCUCAACAAUAAUGAAUUUACAGUGUUGGAAGCUACAGGCAUCUUCAAGAAACUUCCUCAGUUACGUAAAAUAAACUUUAGCAACAAUAAGAUCACAGACAUUGAAGAGGGAGCGUUUGAAGGCGCAGCUGGUGUAAACGAAAUACUUCUCACAAGUAAUCGUUUGGAAAAUGUUCAGCAUAAAAUGUUCAAGGGAUUGGAAAGCCUUAAAACUUUGAUGUUGAGAAGUAAUCGCAUAAGCUGUGUAGGGAACGACAGUUUCAUAGGACUCAGCUCUGUGCGUUUGCUUUCUUUAUACGAUAAUCAAAUCACUACGAUUGCACCAGGGGCUUUUGACACUCUGCAUUCUUUAUCGACUCUAAACCUCCUGGCCAAUCCUUUUAACUGUAACUGCUACCUGGCUUGGUUGGGAGAGUGGCUCAGGAAGAAGAGAAUUGUAACAGGGAAUCCUCGAUGUCAGAAACCCUACUUCCUCAAAGAAAUCCCCAUCCAGGAUGUGGCCAUUCAAGACUUCACUUGUGAUGAUGGAAAUGAUGACAGUAGUUGCUCCCCACUCUCUCGCUGUCCUACGGAGUGUACCUGCUUGGACACAGUGGUCCGAUGUAGCAACAAAGCCUUGAAGGUCUUGCCCAGAGGUAUUCCAAGAGACGUCACUGAAUUGUAUCUGGAUGGAAACCAGUUUACCCUGGUUCCUAAGGAACUCUCUAACUAUAAACAUUUAACGUUGAUAGACUUGAGCAACAACCGCAUGAGCACCCUCUCCAACCAGAGCUUCAGCAGCAUGACGCAGCUCCUCACCUUAAUUCUUAGUUACAACCGUUUGAGAUGCAUUCCUCCUCGAACCUUCGAUGGAUUGAAAUCGCUUCGGUUACUUUCUUUACAUGGAAAUGACAUUUCGGCUGUGCCCGAAGGUGCUUUCAGUGAUCUUUCUGCACUGUCACACCUAGCAAUUGGAGCCAACCCUCUUUACUGUGACUGUAACAUGCAGUGGUUAUCCGACUGGGUGAAGUCAGAGUACAAGGAGCCGGGAAUAGCUCGCUGUGCAGGUCCUGGAGAAAUGGCAGAUAAACUGUUACUCACCACUCCCUCCAAAAAAUUUACAUGUCAAGGUCCUGUGGAUGUCAGUAUUCUCGCUAAAUGUGAUCCCUGCUUAUCAAAUCCGUGUAAAAAUGACGGCACCUGUAACAGUGACCCAGUGGACUUCUACCGCUGCACCUGUCCCUAUGGCUUCAAGGGGCAGGACUGCGAUGUCCCAAUUCACGCAUGCAUCCGUGACCCGUGUAAACAUGGAGGAACUUGCCACUUAAAAGAAGGAGAAAAAGAUGGCUUCUGGUGUAUUUGCGCUGAUGGAUUUGAAGGAGAAAAUUGUGAAAUCAAUGUUGAUGACUGUGAAGAUAAUGACUGUGAAAAUAACUCCACGUGCGUCGAUGGGAUUAAUAACUACACUUGCCUUUGCCCACCUGAGUACACAGGUGAGUUGUGUGAGGAGAAGCUGGACUUCUGUGCCCAGGACCUGAACCCCUGCCAGCACGACUCCAAGUGCAUCCUGACGCCAAAGGGAUUCAAGUGUGACUGCACACCGGGGUAUGUAGGCGAACACUGCGACCUUGACUUUGAUGACUGCCAAGAUAACAAGUGUAAAAAUGGAGCCCGCUGCACGGAUGCAGUGAACGGCUACACGUGCGUCUGCCCCGAAGGCUACAGCGGCUUGUUUUGUGAGUUUUCCCCACCUAUGGUUCUCCCUCGGACCAGCCCCUGUGAUAAUUUUGAUUGUCAGAAUGGAGCUCAGUGCAUCAUCCGGAUAAAUGAGCCAAUAUGCCAGUGUUUGCCUGGCUACCAGGGAGAGAAGUGUGAAAAACUGGUCAGUGUGAAUUUUGUAAACAAAGAGUCUUAUCUUCAGAUCCCUUCCGCCAAGGUUCGGCCUCAAACAAACAUCACUCUUCAGGUAGCCACAGAUGCAGACAGUGGAAUCCUCUUGUAUAAGGGUGACAGCGACCACAUCGCCGUGGAGCUCUACCGGGGGCGUGUCCGUGCCAGCUACGACACCGGCUCCCACCCGGCCUCUGCCAUUUACAGCGUGGAGACGAUCAAUGAUGGAAAUUUUCACAUUGUGGAACUACUCGCCCUGGAUCAAAGUCUCUCCCUCUCUGUGGAUGGAGGGAGCCCCAAAAUCAUCACCAACUUGUCAAAGCAGUCCACUCUGAAUUUUGACUCCCCACUCUAUGUUGGAGGCAUGCCCGGGAGGAACAACGUGGCCGCAGCCCUGCGCCAGGCCCCCGGGCAGAACGGCACCAGCUUCCACGGGUGCAUCCGGAACCUUUACAUCAACAGCGAGCUGCAGGACUUCCGGAAGCUUCCCAUGCAGACCGGCAUCCUGCCCGGCUGUGAGCCGUGCCACAAGAAGGUGUGUGCCCACGGCACGUGCCAGCCCAGCAGCCAGUCCGGCUUCACCUGCGAGUGCGAGGAAGGAUGGACGGGGCCCCUGUGUGACCAGAGGACCAACGACCCCUGUCUUGGAAAUAAAUGCGUCCACGGCACCUGCCUGCCCGUCAACGCCUUCUCCUACAGCUGCGAGUGCCUGGAGGGCCACGGGGGCGUCCUGUGCGAUGAAGAGGAGGAUCUGUUUAACCCCUGCCAAGCGGUCACGUGUAAGCACGGGACGUGCAGGCUCUCAGGACUGGGGCAGCCCUACUGCGAGUGCAGCAGCGGAUACACGGGCGACAGCUGUGAUCGAGAAAUCUCCUGCCGCGGGGAGCGGGUGAGAGACUAUUACCAGAAGCAGCAGGGCUACGCCGCCUGCCAGACGACCGAGAAGGUGUCCCGGCUGGAAUGCCGGGGGCGCUGCGCGGGCGGCCAGUGCUGCGGCGCCGUGAGGAGCAAGCGGCGGCGGUACUCGUUCCAGUGCACCGACGGCUCGGCCUUCGUGGGCGAGGUGGAGAAGGUGCUCAAGUGCGGCUGCGUGCGCUGCGCCUCCUGAGAUGCGCUGCGCCUCCUGAGAUGCGCGCCCGCCCCGGGACGCCGCGGGCGCGGCCCGCCGCUCUUGGACUCGCGGAUGCCUCGCAGGGGAAAUAUUUGAAAUAUAUUGUACAAUACAGAACGGGCUUAUUUUUAUUAUGAGAGCGAACACUGAUUUUCUGCAUUUAGAAAAAAAAAAAAAAUGAGUGAAUGAGGGCUUCCCCCGCGCUGGAGAAGGGUCGAGAGUGGUACGCCCGCAGGCAUCCGAGCACUGACGGACCCGUGGGAACUUGGGUUCAUCCCGGUGACCUGCCGGAGCCCAGCACAAGCACACGCCCAGGGGAGAGACCGGGUGCUCUCUGCCGACGGCCGGUGGCCCGGGGCGAGGUCCCCGCGCGCUGGGUCCCAUCUGCGCGGUUCGCGAGCACAGACCGAGCACACGUGUGCGGGUGAGGGCGCGAGGCGGAGGGCUGGCGCUCCAGCGCUCACGGCCAGAAUGAAUGGAUGAGAAGUAUCCUGUGCAAAAUAUCAAGUAUCCUGAAGACCUGGGUUCCGUUCUCGAGAGGAGACGAGAGAGUGCUGAAAGAAAAUGUAUCUUCUUUGUAAACCUCAGCAUGUUAGCAGGAGAAGCACACAAAAGUGUUUAUCGUUUUUCAGUAUUAAUUUUUGUAAUAUAAAUGACAAAGGAGAUGAUAAAGAACCAAUAGAUUAUUGAUAAAUAAAUUAGUAAUAAUAUGAAUUUUUGUUUCUAUGAGUUCUAAACAGCCCUAUACAGUAUUCGGUUUCAAUGAGAAAUAUUUAUUGUAUCAAAAUACGUUGUACUUAACAUUUUAGGCCAUCCUUUUGCUGUUUCUCAAUGCUUUAAUAUAUAUUAAUUUAUAAUUGUCCUGAUAUUUUUGUACAUUUUUCAAGCUUAAAAAUCAGGAUUCUCUUGUGGGUUUUUUUUGGCAAUAGUACUAACAUAGGGUGUUGCCUUGGGGUAAAUAUGUGUUGAUCUGUUUGUUUACCUUGACAUCUGACCGCUGGUGUCACUGACCUACUGGCCUCACUCAGGACACCUGCAGAGGGUGUGUAAAGUCUACGCGUGAGACGGUCAUUGUACAGAAGGAAGCGCCCCUCUGCAGCCUGUCCUCGCAGAGCAGAAAUGGUGUGUAGCAAUCAACACUAGAAAAGUAGAUCAUCUUUUACAAAUUAAUGUUUCCUUGACGUUUUUUGCCCUUUUACCGGGGGUGGGGAGGGGAGAGAAAAGGCUGUAAUGUCAAGAACUGUGAUUUUUUUUUUCCCCAAACAAUAAAGCUCCUUUAUUACCUUAAUGUUCCCAUGUUAACAUGUUUGCUGCUAAAUUACCGUGUAGAAUUGAUAAGGAUUUAUAGUGGACUGUGCUCUUCCCUCACUCAGAUCCCAGGAUACCCUGUAAAGAGGCAGAUGUUUCUUUCCAAAAACUUUUUUACAAAGAAAACUAGACGUACAUGUAUCAUUCAGUGUGCUUUGUCUUUCUCCAGACUAACAUCAGUUACACUACUGAUGUUUGCAAA